UUUCCUCGACGUGGUGAACAACAGCUCCCAUAAUUCCCUGCAGUGGAAGUGAAGCUGUCAUGCUUGUGUUUUGCUUUGUGUUUUUUUUUUGUGUUAUUGUUUCGUGUUAGUGGAGCAACUGAGCAACCGAGGAGCAACGCGCGUCUGUGUCGCUCAUGUUUUUGUUGUUUUUUCUCACGCAUUGUGACUCCUUGUAUCUUGAUAGAAAGACGGCUCGUUCUAGACUGUUAACAGAGAAGUGAGGGCGAUAAAAAGGUGCACAAUAGCCUGCCUUUCUUUUGUGUUGCCAUGGAAAAGGCUUGCAGUGUGGAGUUCAGAAACGUGGGCUGCAGUUACUUCCCUCAGAGCAGAGUCGAUUGCCACUACACACUGAGCCCAGAGCACAACUGGGCCAGCAAUGACUGGAUAGGGCUCUUUAAGGUUGGAUGGACGUCAGUGAAGGACUACCACACAUUUGUUUGGGCAAUGGCCCCGCCUGACUAUCAAGAGGGCACCGAUGUCAACUGCUGUGUGCACUUCCAGGCCUCCUACCUGCCGAAGCCCAGCUCCUAUGACUAUGAGUUUGUAUAUAUCGAUGCUAAGGGGGAAGUGUUCUCCCGCAGCUCCACAUUCAUUUUCUGCGCUCCGAAGCCACUUGAGGAACUGGUGACCCUUGAGGAGGAGCCCCAUGGAGAGGAAGGAGCCACAGACAUGUUGCUGGUAGUGCCCAGGGCUGAACUGCUGCAGAGUCGACUGCAGGAAUGUCUGCGAGAGCGUGCCGAGCUGCUGCAGACGCAGGAGGCGGCGAACAGGUACAGGGAGAAAGAGAAGGAGGAGUACAAGAGGGCGAGGGAGGCCUGGGACCGACGACGCAGAGGGCUGGAGAGUGAUAUCGCCAGGCUGCAGGAAGAGCUGAAGCAGAGUCAAGAGAAGAUGGAGGAGAUGGAGAUGGAUCAGAAGGAGGAGCAGGCUUUUGGAGAAUCACUAGCCCAGGAGAAAAGUGCUUUAUUGGAUGCAAGGGAGGCGAGCAAAGUGCGAAUCAAAGAGCUGGAGGAGGACAUCAAAACCCUGACUCAGAGGACUGUUGAAAGAGAGACCGAGUUGGAAAGCCAAAUCUGUGUGUGCAGGAUGAAGGAAAGAGCAAAGAGGGCAGGAGCUCAGAGAAAAGACGAGGAUAGCGAGAGAAAGAGCCUGCAGACCAAGCUAGAACAGACAGAAGGUGAACUGCGAAGUCUGUCUAAGGAGUUCCAGGGCCUGAGGAAUUCGCUGGCCCAGAGAGACACAAGCGUCCUGCAGCUCCAAAACAGCAUCACCACCCUCACCCAGAAACUCACCACUGCCCACAGGAAAGAGGCGGAGAACGAGGCCACGCUGAAGGAGAUGCGGAGCCUGCGGGAGCGCCUGAACAUGAGUGAGCGUGCCGCAGAGGGCUUGAAAAGUGACCUAAGUGGCAUGGUGGCCCAGAGGGAUCACGGGCAGGCCGAACUGCAUCAGGCUCGUCUGCAGGCAGCCCAACUCACCCUUCAGCUCGCAGAUUCCAGUCUGGCCAUGAGAGAGGGACGAGCCCGCUGGGCCCAGGAGAGGCAGAAUCUGCAACGCAGCGCUGAGAAGGACCACGAGCGUCUGGAGAGAGUCAACGCAGAGAUGCAGAGGAUGGAGGAGAGGCUGCAGGAGGAGACGAUGGAGAGAGUGAAGCUUGAGGUUGAGCUUGGGAGAGAAAAGGAUUGCAACCGGGUCCAGCUGAGUGAAACCCGCAGGGAGCUCCAGGAGCUGAAGGCCAUGCUGAGGGUUGGCCAGAAAGAGAAGGAGCAGCUACUCGCAGAGAAACAGGAGUUGAUGGAGUACAUCUGUCAGCUGGAGCAGAAGAUGGGAACAGUGGCCAGUGCCAAGUGGAGCGCUGCCCCGAUUGCCUCUACAGGGCGGCCUGGCAGCGCGUUAUCUGACUCAGAGGACGAGAACCCAGAGGCUUUGCAGCCCCUCCGUCCACCAAGACCUCUGGGACACUACAGCCUGUGUGAGCAGGGCCAGCCCGACUCCUUGCUCCUUGCCACCCCUCCUCCCUCCCCCAGGGAGGUGGAGAGGAGCGCAGUGGUCAUCAACCAGCCGGCCCCGCUCUCCUCGCCACACCAGGCCGACCCUGACACUCUGGCACACAGCUCUGAUUCGGAGGAGGAAUCUGAUACACUUCAGUGUGGAAGGCACAGUUCUGGAGAGGAAACAGCACUUUUGCUGCCUGAGCACGCGGACGCUGUUCUCAGUGAUCUGGCCGACACCUCGCUAUGGUAACCGGUGGACAUCCAGCCGAUCAAAAAAAAAGAGAAGAAGGGGAACUUUCUUGGAGUCAAUGUGGCUCCACAUUACUUCCACUAACAAGCACAUAUACAGCUCACUCACUACACAGACAAAAAUGGUAAUAUGCAAUUUACAUUAAUAUUUCCAGUGAACUUUGUUUUCCCCCUCUUUGACUGUUGUGUUAUCGUUGCUGUUUCGUUGUUAGGAAUGACAUAAUGCUUGUGGUGACAGGUCAGCACCGUGUUUAUGACUGACAUAAGACUGUUUGAAACUCUCUCUCACUCGUUUGGACAUGGCGCUCCGGCGUUUGGAGAGUUUUGCAGGCUGUAGCAGAAUGAUUUCCGUUGAAUCAUUGCAACGUCGAGAGCUUUACGACGGAUGUUAUGUCGUUUUUAUGACAUUUGUGAUUAGGAGUCAUGACAGGCACUGUAAUUAUGAUGUUUUGUGCAGGCCCCGGCUCCACUGGAAAUCAUGGCAAAACUCUCCUCCAGCAUUAAAUUCUCCACAGCAGCUUUGAACGCUAUAUUCACGGCAGCAUAAAGUAAUAAUGAUACAGCAUCAUGCUAGAAUUAUAUUGCAGUAAUGUAGGUCUAUGACAUCAUAUUUCUCCUCCAUUUACUCAGAAGUAAGAUUUGAUAUGCACUUUCUUGUACGCAUUAGCAGUUGAUUGUUGUCACGCGGAUGCAGUUAAGGAGAUUUAGUGAUGCAGAGGCGCUCUGAGACGGACAAGCGUCUGAAAUAGAAAGCUUAUUGAACAGAUUGUGUUUAAAGUCUAUUAAAUAGAUGCCAGAUGCAACUUUCUACUUCAGUACCUUAAUAUCAUCAUUAUUAUAAAAUUAAUGCUUCUCACUAUAGAUCAGAAGCAGUUUUUACUUUUUAAUGAUCCCGGAUUUCAUAAAUGAAAUUUACUAGCCGGCCAUUUGGAUAUUUAAUGUUUGUUACAGUUUGUAUUGUACAGAAAUCUCACAUUCAUGCAGUUCUAAAUUUCUGCCUAAAAUAAUUUUUAAAAAAAGAGUCAAAGCAAAAUCAUCUUUAUAGAUAUACUGACACCAUGACCUGGUGUUGGUAUUUCCACACCUAGUCCUAUAUGGCAAUAUACUGCCUAAUAAAAAGUCGCUGCCUACCUUUUAAUCAAUACCGUAUGCAUUUUUCAUGAUUUUCUAUUUAUAAUUAACUUGAGUUACGCUGCAAUGAAACUAUAUUCAGGUUUAGUUUGAAAUAGAUGUUUUUCCUCACACAGCUGUCUGUGCAAUGUGUGACAUGCUUGGCUAAGAAGAUUUGCUAUAGACACUUUGAUGCUUGAUUUUAUCUGCUGUAUUUGCACCCUAUUUUUACUAUAGAAGAGUUUUUAGAUGAAAAGUUGAUAUAUGGAUACUUAAUAAUAUGUCCUUUUAUCAUUAUCUUAAUCAUUACCAUGGUGUGCUGUGUUUACGUAUAUAUUUUAUCUACACUUUUUUUUUGUUUUUACCUUCUGCUUUCAGAUACUUUGACUCUAUUAAGAUUUGAUAUAAGAGUUAUAUUGUUGCAAGAUAUCGGUGCUAAUGAAAGGGAAUGAUAGCAGUAUGUUGAGUUUAAGGUGAAAGAUGAUUGAUUUAAGUGUUUAAACAGAAGGAACAGGGUCAUGAAACCUCUCAUUUACCUUGUGUCACUGGGUCUUCUGGUGUUGCAGUUCACGUUGAGUCUCUUUGUAUAGAAGUGGGAAUGUUUUUGAGGAGCUAUUCUUUUUCCAGUACACUACAUGUAUUCUCCAUAGUCCUUGUUUGUGGUUGUAAUCUGACUUUAUGUCUUCGGGAAGUUGUGUUUUUUUUUGUUGUUCCACUGAGAGCUCCAGUACGAGUGCUCCUCGUUGGGAACACCGUCUCCGGUUGCAAUAAAGCUCCAGUGGUUAUGGUUUGUUUUGAAGUUUUGUGUGUGAAGGUUAUCCCACAUGUACGCCGCCGUGUAUUUUCUCAUCAGUCAUGUAACAGGGUUUGGGCGGGGUUCUGCAUAAUAAAAUGGUUUAUGUAUCCAUUAUUGGA